GAGUUCGGGGGGUGGGAGUCCCUACAGUGAACAUGUUCAAACAUUUUUUUGUAAUAAGGGGCGGGGGUAGAGGUGAGAAGGGAUGGUACUACUUCGGCCCUCGGUCGUCCAGUAAAGAGAAGAAGAGUUUAUUCUCUGCUGGACCGUCAUCCAUCAAAGGAUGGAAAGAAAAAUUUUUCUUUGUGGAUGACACCGAGUGGAGUAGGAGAGAUGCCGAGGUGGGGGAGUUGUUUGCUUGGAAGGCCAAGAAAACCAAGCAGAACAACUAUAAGUUAAAUGAGGAUGAGGUGGAGGAGGUAGAGAAGCUGGUGAGGGAGGAAGGAGACGUGGUGGACAUCCUGCACCUCACCAGUCUGCAGGCAAUAGAGGCUGUUGAGCUCUAUGGGCCAAGCUUAUUGAGUGAAGCUGAGAUGGAAGAGUUUACAAAUGCUGCUGGCGGGCUGCGCAUCUCGAAGAAGCCAAGGAAGAAGUCAAGGACUUCAACUGCGGCGGACAAAGGGGCGGUGGAGAGAGAGCGCCUGCCCAGCACUUCUGCUCGAGUGCUGGAGAUACAGCCAAGACCAGAACCUGUGAUGGGGGGAAGUGAGGAUGUGAGCGAGGAAGUGGCACCUCUCCAAAGGAAGAAGAGGAAGGUGUCACAACCAGAAGCCAGGGGGGAUGAGGUGGUGGAGUUUGUGCCUCGGCCUUCUCCUCUAGAAACUGAUCCUGACGUCCGGGAGAGGGAAGAGGUCGAGGUGCGAAGCCUUGGUGGAGGCAGGGAGCGUACCCCUCCUCACACGUACCAGAAGAGUUUGUUUGAGGCAACAAACACGACUGGGGCGAAGCACUUCCUCAACUCUUCUCUUCCUGAGGUGGAUAGGAGGCAGGCAAAGGACGAGGUGGUGAGCCAUGUGGGGUAUACCGUUGUGAGGCACACCCUGGAGUGUGCAAGCUGGACAAACGCUCUUGUGCAGGAGUAUGCGGAGAGUGUGAGAGAUCAUGCCAGCUUGCUGAGGCAGUGCGAGCAGUUGCAGAAGGAGAAGGAUGAGCUGCAGAAGGAAAAUGGGGAAUGGGAGAAGGAGAAGAGGGAGAUGCAGAGGAGGCUGGAUGAAGUUCUCCCUUCAGUGACUGAGCUCCAGAACGAGAAUGAGGUCCUGAGCACGAAGCUUGGCCUCGAAGAACGUAAGAGAAAGAUCUGUGAGGAGAAGCUCGAGGCUCAGGACAAAUAUAUUGACAACAUGAGGAAAGGAGCAGCGGAGCUGAAGAAGAACGUGAACCUGUUGGUUCACAACGGGAUGGAGGAGCAUAUAAGCAACUUCCUCAACUCCAGCACCUUCGAGGACAUCCUUAAACUCUACCGGCUGCCAACUGCAAUUGUGGCCUUCACCAACUAUAGAAAGAAGGUGAAGGCCCAGUACCCAGAGGUGGAUGUGACAACAGUCACCUUUGGGGAACAAGAAGAAGGGGUGGAGGAAGAUGGGGAAAGCCUCUGUGCUGACUUCCGACCUCAAAUCACGCUGAGGUGGGAGCGUGACGCAGAGGGGCUCACUAUUUUUCCUCCAACCUUCAAGGCUGAGUUGGUGGCGGUGAGGGGAGAACAAGAAGAAGAAGAAGAAGAAGAAGUGCGAGGCGCUGGAGUUGAGGGUCAGGCAGCAAUGGCUGAAGUGCAGCCUCCCGAGGUGCAUUCAGUCUCCUCUGACGAGGUGCAGCAGCUGGCCCCUCCUGAAGUAGAAGUGCCGCCCUUGCCCUUUGGAGAUCAGCCACCCCCACCUCCUCUUCCUGCUAAGGAGCAGCCUCCUCCCUCAGCAGAUUAGCUUAGGAGUUUGUUUGUAUUUUUAGUUAUAUUUGUAUAUAUAAUUUUUUGUACUUGACUGGUUAGUAAGUUAUAAAAUUUUUGAAGCUAUUUUGAUGUUUUGUUUGUUAUCUUUAUUUCAAGUAAAUGACUUCAAAUGAA